GCGCGUCUGGACUCACUGGACACACCGUGAACUCUCACUGCUGGAACUCAAAGGAGAAAUCACAAUUAUUCACUGAGCAUCAGGCCAACUAGCGGAAACUCUGCUGGAAUAUUGAUCAUCGGGGAAACUUUUGCUAUUGUUCACUCCACAAACACCGGUCCGGACAAACACGCUCGGACUCACAGACCCACGCCGCCAGGCCCGGAGCAAGGCCCAAUGUGUGGAUGUUUGUAUGAGUGUCUUUUAAACGUGUAUUUUUAGACCGCCUUGAGUUAGCGUUAACGUCUUGCUGCGUGAGUGGUGUGAGGCCGGUGCGAGGAUGAGGGCCGUCGCCGCUCUGCUGUGUCUCCUGAUGGUCGCCGUGGUCGGAGCCUCUCGGUUUGCCCGCGACACCCAGGGCGUCCCUGGAGCUUCAGAGACCUCCAAGAGCAACGCCUCCGUCCCGCUUCCGCCCUCACAGCCGGGCCGGCCGCGGGGCUCCUUCCCCCCCAUGUGCAUAAAGCCCACGGAGAUCAAGUACGCCUUCAAGUACGUGAACACCAUCGUGUCCUGCCUGAUCUUUGUGGUGGGGAUCAUCGGCAACUCAUCGCUGCUCCGGAUCAUAUAUAAGAACAAGUGCAUGAGGAACGGGCCCAAUGUCCUGAUCGGCAGCCUGGCUCUGGGGGACCUGCUUUAUAUCAUCAUCGCCAUCCCCAUCAACGUGUUUAAGCUAAUAGCCGAGGACUGGCCGUUCGGCGUGUACAUCUGUAAGUUGAUGCCGUUCAUCCAAAAGGCGUCUGUGGGAAUCACUGUUCUCAGCCUGUGCGCCCUCAGUAUUGACCGCUAUCACGCGGUGACGUCAUGGAGCAGGGUGAAGGGGAUGGGGAUCCCUCUGUGGAAAGCGGUGGAGGUGACUCUGAUCUGGCUGCUUGCUGUGGUGCUCGCGGUCCCUGAGGCGCUGGCAUUCGACAUGCUGGAGAUGCCGUACAGAGGCAACAAACUACGCGUGUGUCUGCUCCAUCCAGAUCAGACGACCAGCUUUAUGAAGUUCUACCAGGAUGUGAAAGACUGGUGGCUGUUUGGCUUCUAUUUCUGCUUCCCACUGGCCUGCACAGGAAUCUUCUACACACUCAUGUCAUGCGAGAUGCUCAGUCGCAAAAAAGGCAUGCGCAUCGCCCUCAACGACCACAUGAAACAGCGCAGGGAAGUAGCGAAGACGGUGUUCUGCCUCGUGUUGAUUUUUGCUCUCUGCUGGCUGCCCCUUCAUCUCAGCCGUAUUCUGAAGAAAACAAUCUACGACCAGAAUGACCCCAACCGCUGUGAGCUGCUCAGCUUCCUGUUAGUGAUGGAUUACAUCGGCAUCAACAUGGCCUCUUUAAACUCCUGCAUUAACCCGAUUGCCCUCUACUUUGUCAGCCAGAAGUUUAAAAACUGCUUCCAGUCUUGCCUGUGCUGCUGGUGCUACAGAUCAUCUCCCCUGGAUGAACGAGGUUCAGGAGGACGAUGGAAGGGCUCCUGUCACGGGAACGGACUAGACCGCUCCAGCUCCCACUCCAGUCAGAAAUACACAAGCUCCUCAUAAACGCACCACCACACACACCUUUUCUGCCAAACCCAUGUUCCCAUUGCGGGGAAACAGCUACCACUGCCAACAGACCAAUGAGGAGAGAGAGGAGCGAGGUAGAAGUCACUUCUACAGGACUCACAGCAGGCUGAAGGACUCUGGACCCCAAACUGAUGAAUGAAUGAAUGAAAUAACAGGACUGUACCCGUUCAGGCUGUGAUACUAACUGCAAAAACUUACGAUGGAACCGAGGCUGCAUAAAUCUGUUCAUAUUCCGACACUGAGGCUUGCGUAGAGGACUAAGAGUCUCUCAGUGGACCCACAUGGUCAAUACAUUUAUAAAGAAUCUUUAUUAAAGCUGCAUGUAAAUUGAUGUACAGGAUUAUUUACAAGCAGCCUGCAGAAUUAUAAUUAUAUCUAGCCUAAGUGCUUUAUGUAUGAAUAACAGCCCUGAUAAGUACUACCUGUUGAAGCUUUAAUACCUCACAGGGAAAGAGAGAGGGAAACCGUGACCCUGAGUUACUUUCCAAAAGGUCUUUUUUUUUUUUUUUUUAUAAAAAUGCACGACUGUGCCUCUUCAUAUAAACACAAAAGCUGAUUAUCUGACAAUCAACUGCAUGCUGUCACUGAGCUCGCUGACGCCCAUGUGCCCCGGUGACAUCAUAACAGAGAAAAAUGGGCCCCACUGUCACGCGGAGAGCCAAUUAUCGGAAAUCUUUUAUCUGGAAACCAUCGCCGCUUCAAGUCAUGUGGAGGCCAGCUGUUGCACUGCAACGCUGAAAAACACCAGAUGAUUAGUCAUGCUACGCAGAAGAGGUCAUUUAUGAAUGCUUUCAUUAUUGCAGUAUUCAUGCUUUUGUACAUGUUUCCACUGUCUUUACUUCUCUUACAAUGUAGCUUCUAUUUUUCUAAAAAAAAUAUAUAUAUCACAAAACAUUUGAGGCUUGUUUAAUCUUCCAGCAUGAGGUGUCCAUUUAUUAUUUCCCCAUAUUUCACCUCCAGCGUGUGGUCAUGUUACAAAGAUGUUCCUGUGGCGGGAAAUUGCUCGCAGAAGACAUAUCCUAAGAUUGACCCAUUUAAAAGCAUUAGGAAGGAAAAAAGAAUUCCUGUACAGCCAGAUGUUUUUAAGAAGUGAAUGUUUUUAGUGGGGAUUACAUUUCUUUAAAUAGUCAUAGAAAAUUAUUUAGAUAUAUAUUACUUGUUUCUAUUCAAUAUAAUCCAGGUAGAAUCCAGGAUGUGUUUAACUAGCGUAAUUUGUGACAGAGAGAUGCAGGCUGAAGAAGGAUCUCAUGAUGAGAAAACAAAGGCAAGCCCUCAGUCGUCACGUACUUGUGACAAACCUUGUGAUGCCACCACAUCAUGAAAAAAAAAAGAUUGGGCUCUUUGAAAAGCCAGACAAGAGAAUGGAAAAAUCUGCAGGUUACAAUUCAUAAGCUAACUUAAAAACUUAAGUGAAUCACUGCCAGUAGUGAGAGCAUAUACUGAUGAUACAAGCACAAGAUGAAUCCAUUUUUGGGCUCUCACCACAUCCUGACUAAGACACGGUGAUGGAAACAUCACAUAAUCUGAGUUUUCUAUGUCAAAUUGAUGUGUCCUCAUUUAAAAACAAAUUUUUGCUGAGAAACCAGACAAGGUGUUUGUUCACGCUGAAAAUAGAUUUGAUUUAUGCAAUAUAUUAAUGUUCCAUUGCCGUUGUAUUAGAGUGCAGAAUUCAGCUGGUCAUGCAGUGUGUGACUCAUUAACUCAUCAUAUGUAUUUAUAUGUAUUUAUAGCUACAUCUAGAGGCGACUGUGUACUGGAAGGUCUUUGUGACCAAGCUGAGACUUUUAGAAGUAAUUUGAGGUUGAAGAUGAAAUGUAAUGUGAAUAUUGGCCCUGGUGUUUUACAUUUAUACUUUGUACUUAUUUGUUGAGAGUAUGCCGUAAUAAAUAUUAUUUUAUAGCA